GAGACGUGAUUAGAUGUGCGUGAGGGAGGCAUAGUGUGGGAGUGUUGCUGUCUCUUGGCCAUGGCCUGUCUGAUGGCCGCCUGGUCUGUCCACAACCCCACCGUCACCAACUCCAUCAUCAUGAACACGAACGGGCCACCGGACCUGAUGUUGGACCCCCGGACGGUGUGCGUUUGUAUGGACGAGGUGGUCAGUAAGCGGCCGGUGGGCAGCCAGCAGACGCCGCUGCUGCAGGGACACCUGAAGAAGGUGGACAACAACCUGACGGAGGCCCAGAGGUUCUCCUCGCUACCUCGGAGACCGGCGGUCAACAUCGAGUUCAAAGACGUCUCCUACUCCGUCAGAGAGGGCCCCUGGUGGAGGAAGAAAGGUUACAAAACUCUGCUCAAAGGGAUCUCUGGGAAAUUCACCAGUGGGGACCUGGUGGCCAUCAUGGGGCCCUCAGGAGCUGGAAAGUCCACCCUCAUGAAUAUCCUGGCUGGGUACAGGGAGACCGGGAUGAAGGGGGAGAUCCUGAUCAACAGCCAGCCCAGAGACCUGCGCUCCUUCAGGAAAGUUUCCUGUUACAUCAUGCAGGAUGACAUGCUGCUGCCGCACCUCACUGUGCAGGAGGCAAUGAUGGUCUCAGCCAACCUGAAGUUGCAGGAGAAGGUGGAGGCUCGCAGAGAGAUGGUCCGGGAGAUUCUGAUGGCUCUGGGUUUACUGGACUGUGCUAAAACCAGGACGUCUCACCUGUCGGGGGGUCAGAGGAAGAGACUGGCCAUUGCUCUGGAGCUCGUCAACAAUCCACCGGUCAUGUUCUUCGACGAGCCCACCAGCGGUUUGGACAGCUCGUCCUGUUUCCAGGUGGUGUCUCUGUUGAAAGCUCUGGCUCAGGGAGGACGAACUGUCAUCUGCACCAUCCACCAGCCGAGCGCCAAACUGUUCGAACUGUUCGACAAGCUGUACGUCCUGAGUCAGGGUCAGUGUAUCUACAGAGGGAGGGUCUCCAGUCUGGUUCCCUACCUGAGAGACCUCGGACUCAACUGCCCCACCUACCACAACCCUGCUGACUUCGUGAUGGAGUUGGCGUCUGGAGAGUACGGCGACCAGACGGUCAGAUUGGUGAAGGCCAUUCAGGACAGGAAGUGUGAGAAGGACUAUCAGACGGAGUUGAACGGAGACACAAACCACCACCUGUUCCUGUGGCAGCGCACAGAGGAAGAGUCCUCAUCAUCUGAAGGUUGUCACAGCUUCUCAGCCAGCUGCAUGACCCAGUUCUCCAUCCUGUUCCGGAGAACCUUCCUCAGCAUCCUCAGAGACUCGGUGCUGACCCACCUGAGGAUCUCGUCUCACAUUGGGAUCGGCGUUCUGAUUGGUCUGCUCUACCUGGGAAUUGGAAACGAGGCCAAGAAGGUUCUGAGUAACUCAGGGUUCCUGUUCUUCUCCAUGUUGUUCCUCAUGUUUGCUGCGCUGAUGCCCACUGUGCUCACAUUUCCCCUGGAGAUGGGAGUUUUCCUGAGGGAACACCUGAACUACUGGUACAGCCUGAAGGCGUACUACCUGGCCAAAACCAUGGCUGACGUCCCCUUUCAGGUGGUCUUCCCGGUGGUCUACUGCAGUAUUGUGUACUGGAUGACGGCUCAGCCUCCGGACGCCGGACGUUUCUUCCUCUUCCUGUCUCUGGGGGUCCUGACCUCUCUAGUGGCUCAGAGUCUUGGUCUGCUGAUCGGAGCCGCUUCCACUUCGCUGCAGGUGGCGACAUUUGUGGGACCGGUCACAGCGAUCCCGGUGCUGCUGUUCUCCGGGUUCUUCGUCAGCUUCGACACCAUCCCCUGGUACCUGCAGUGGAUGUCCUACAUCUCCUAUGUCAGAUACGGUUUCGAGGGUGUCAUCUUGUCCAUCUAUGGUCUGGAUCGAGAGGAUCUUCACUGUGACGAAGACGACACAUGUCACUUCCAGAAGUCCGAGGCCAUCCUGAAGGAGCUGGACAUGCUGGAUGCAAAACUCUACCUGGACUUCAUUGUGCUCGCCAUCUUCUUCUUCUCUCUGAGGCUCAUCGCUUACUUUAUCCUGCGUUACAAGAUCAACGCUGAGAGGUAGACCAGGACUAGGACAAAGAGAAGGACAAUGAUGAAGAGACACAGAUGGAGGAGAUUUGAGCGUCCUGCAUUUAGGCCAAUGUUAGUGUGUAGCUGUGGAGUUUGUCUACAUGUGAACACUGAAUCUACUUUGGCUUGCUGUUAAAAAAAUGACAUGAAGAAGAGACGAUGGAGCAGCAGAGUCCAGUCUAAUCCAGUCCAGUGGGUCUGAAGGGGACGUCACAGGCCUGCAGAUGUAGAAUAGAUUCGGUUGAAGGUCUCAGUCACUGAGGACAAAGUGAGGACAUUCAGGUCCUGCAGGAUCAGGAGCUGGUCUCCUGAUUCCUGAUGAUUUCACUGUGCCACAACAGCCUGUCUGACAGGACUGGAGACCUGAUGUCCCACUCUCAGAGUAAAAGCUGCUCCAGUCGGCAACGUGACGUGGACAGACUCCGUUUAAAGUUUCUGGCUCUGGAUGCUCAUGAUCAGUAUGUUUUUAAAGAGUCUGAGUCUCAGGUCAGAGACCACAUUAAUUUACUGUAGUUCAUUGUUGAGGUCAAAGGUGAAAGGACAGACCCAGACCAUCAGGCCACCAGGCCACCAGACCACCACUGUAUCUCUCUGUUUAUGAAUAAAAACUUCAGAUUUCUGUUACCUACA